GAAGAGGCUCCCAUACCAAAAUGGCGACCGCCUGAUAGACCCGUGCGUGUCUCUUCACAUCAACCGAUCGUUGGCUCCCAUGAUACGAAAUCCUGCAGUGCCAACAUUUGGCUCAACGGUGGAACUCACUACGAGUCGACUCUAUCUCGAAUUCAAGUUCUGGAGAGCAGGCCACUUAUCAGAACAUGGCGCUGAGUGCCAGUCACCAUAUGCAUCGCUUCUUUCGAGCCGAGCAAGUGCACUAUAUGUGGUAUUGCAAAAUGGUUAUGCAAAUUACAAAGAGCAUCGCAGACCUUUCGAUAAUUACCUAAUCAUGUUUAUUCAGCCUAGCAAGGACGAAACAGCAAAUGAUUAUCUAGACCUAAAUUUCUGGUUCUCUAUAAUUUUGGCAAGCUAAUCUAUUAAAGUCUGAAGCACCGAUUCCAUCCAACCUUUUACACCAAGUUUUUUUUCGCGAGGAGGGGAAAAUGCGUUACAUAUACCUACUAACCCGUGUCACCGGGACUCAGCAGAUGGUGUCGCCAUACCCACUAAAAACCGCUCCUCUU